AUAGCUGCACUAACCCUCAGUUGUGCUCCGACUGCGGUACAGUACACGUCUGAAAACCGUGACACGUCGCUGUAAACAUUGUGAUUUUUGUAUUGUAGAUUUUGUGGAAGCAAUUGACAACCUGAUUUUCCUGUGUCCGCCACAGCUGUCUUGAAUAAAUUAUUUGACAUUUUGACUGAAAAACCAACUUCUCUACCAAGAUGCUCGCUAGCCCAGCUAUGGAACUGCAGACUGAGGAGACCCCAUUGGCUCUGCAACGCCUGUGGAACCUGACCCGCGCUCGCUUGGCUGGAACCUCCACUGCAUUGGAUGAGGAACCAGCCCUGGUGGAAUCUUUGCCGUUUGCUCAGGAACCCGAAGGAACACCAAAGCCUUUUAUCCCAGUUCCCAGCGACUAUGAAAGCGAUGGUGAGGAGGCAUUCCCUGAGCUGGAAAUACCUGAACAACCGGAGGUGCCAGCAAAGGGUUACUGGACCCAAAGUGGACGUGACAAAGAGGUUUUGUUGGACGCAAGUUUGCUUGGAGAUGUGCCCGCUGUAUACCGAGUGCCGCAACCGGCGCCAUACCAGAUGCCAGUCAUAGGGGUGUACAUCGACCCUCGAGUCAGAACUGGCUUCAGAUACAAAGUUAGACCGAUGCAGGCUCUGGAUGCACCCCCACUAUCCGUGAAACCAAGAUACUUGUUUGGAGGGAAGGCCCUCACACUGCAAUCCAUUGGCCGUGGUUUUGCCAGACGCCUCACAUUUGAACCUCUCAAUUCUACACUGAAUGACAAUGACAACUAUUUCUGGACUGACUCCAGGCCAGAAGGGUUUGUGUUUGAGAUUGAGGCUGUAUCCAUUGGCGACAAAUUCACCAUCUAUGAUGCCAACCACGAACCUCAAGGCACCCUGGAGGUGGUCCAACAGCAGAAGAAUCAAGUCGAACUUGACCAGAAGAUAUUUGACGACGGAUCAAUUGAGAAGAAAGUUAAAAUCAACACACUUUGCAAAGUAGAGUGGUACGAAAAUGAUGGGGCAACAAAAUUGGUUCCUGUUACUGGCGUGGCUCUAUUGAAGAAGGGCCGUGGAAAAGCCAGUGUUACCAGAGUAACCAACGUUGCCAUUGGCAUCAAGCAGCUCAAGAAGGGCUACGAACUCAAGCCUGGCAUUGAAUCUUCCUCCAGGAGAAUCUCCGUAAAUGGUGGUGAUAUCAAAGACAUUCCAUGCCAAUAUUGUGUGGUGGGACUUGAGAGAUACGAACUCCCCGUUAUUGGCACUUUUGUGGAUCCUCGCAUCAUUCCUGGUUUCUACUACCGCGUGCGUCCCGCCGGCAGCAGACGCCAUCUCUUUGAAGGACGCAGUCUCCUGCUUCAGUCCGUCGGCAUGGGCUACGGAAAGCGCAUCACGUUCAAGCCCGACACGUUGAACGCCCCAGAAAACUAUUUCUGGUCCGACUCCCAUCCAGAGGGCAUUGGCAUGGAGACCCGCGCCAUCCAUCCCGGCAUGAAAUUCACAGUUUCUGGAAAUGGGGGUCUUUUGGGUGAGGCGUGUGUCUUCAGAGCCGAUUUGCCGCAAGUGGAAGAGAAGACUGAAUAUGUGGACGUGCCGGGGAAGCGUGGAAAGGCAGUCCAGAAAUAUGUCCACGUUGACGUCACAUGCCACGUUAAGCUCGCUACAACUGGAGGAGGCUCGGUAGACUCUGAGGUGCACUUGAUGAAGGUGUCUGGUGUGGCGCUCCUGCGCAAAGAGCCUGGUCAAUCUACCGCCAAACUUGUGAAGGUGUACAACGUUGGGUUAGACUCCCAACUGAACCUGCUGUUCGCGCACUCACAGACCGAGCUCACGUUCCACCCUCUGCCCUAAAUACCUUCCGAGCCUCGAAUGGUGCUGCAGCACUGUGGCGAUGAAUGCUCACAAUAAGUGUUGUAGUGCCAAAAAAACCUACCUGGCGCGACAGUGGCUCCGUCAAAUGCUAACCGAAUUGGUCACGAGUUUGCAACCGAUGGAAGGUCAAUUAAUGCGCAUAUUGCAGCUGGCGAAUCGGUUGUAGACUUGUUUCGGCUGCAUACUGAGUUGUUUGCGAGCUGUCACAUCAAAGCUCAGGAAUAUUCCAACACGCUAUCAUCACCGUUGAAGGCUACUGUAGAUGAACAGUAGCGACUCCAAACGUAGAGCUACCUAAUAAAGUGGUAGAAACCCAUCUUCUUUACUUUUGCCUACAUAGUUUACGUCCUUUUAAAUUGUAAUAAUUUGUCAGUAUUCCCGUUAACUAUUUUCGUUGUAAUUCUUAUAAUGUAUCAUGUUAGUCUAUUGGAGAGAAAGUAAAAAAGACUAGAAGUAGACACCCUGUAUUUUGAUUUAAAUUAAUCCAGAAAGCAAAGUUUUUGUAAUUCAAUUCCAAUUGUUU